AAAGCUGUUUAUUUUCUGUUACAUCACUUCACUUUGCCUUCGAAGGCGGCUGGUCUGUGCUCAGUGUUUUCCUGGUGAUGCAAGUCAGCUCUCUGCUCCAGCACUUGGAUCCCUCCCAUCUCGCAGCACCUCACAGGUCUCUUUCCCGAGCAGUGCAUUGCUGGAUCGAGGAGCAGCUCACGAAUCAGCUGCAGGUCCCUGUUUUGAAAAGCAGAGAUACAGAGGCAAAGGAAAAGGGUGGACUGCUAUGUGACCUGAUCGCAGAGCAAGACAAUCACCAGCUGAAUUCCAGAAGCCCUGUUCAUGUUUGGGGAGAUUUUUUCGACUGCAUGGAAUCAGAGAGAAGCCAAAGGAUGGGAAAUGCCUGCAUCCCCCUGAAAAGAAUUGCUUAUUUCCUAUGUCUCUUAUCUGCGCUUGUGCUGACUGAGGGGAAGAAACCAGCGAAGCCAAAAUGCCCUGCCGUGUGUACUUGUACCAAAGAUAAUGCUUUAUGUGAGAAUGCCAGAUCCAUUCCACGCACCGUGCCUCCUGAUGUUAUCUCAUUAUCCUUUGUGAGAUCUGGUUUUACUGAAAUCUCAGAAGGGAGUUUUUUAUUCACACCAUCGCUGCAGCUCUUGUUAUUCACAUCGAACUCCUUUGAUGUGAUCAGUGAUGAUGCUUUUAUUGGUCUUCCACAUUUAGAGUAUUUAUUCAUAGAAAACAACAACAUCAAGUCCAUUUCAAGACACACUUUCCGGGGACUAAAGUCUUUAAUUCACCUGAGCCUUGCAAACAACAAUCUCCAGACACUCCCAAAAGAUAUUUUCAAAGGCCUGGAUUCUUUAACAAAUGUGGACCUACGAGGGAAUUCAUUUAAUUGUGACUGUAAACUGAAGUGGCUGGUGGAAUGGCUAGGCCACACCAAUGCAACUGUGGAAGACAUCUACUGCGAAGGCCCCCCAGAAUACAAGAAGCGCAAAAUCAAUAGUCUCUCCUCCAAGGAUUUUGAUUGCAUCAUUACAGAAUUUGCAAAGUCUCAAGACCUGCCUUAUCAAUCACUGUCCAUAGACACUUUUUCUUAUAUGAACGAUGAGUAUGUAGUCAUCGCUCAGCCUUUUACUGGAAAAUGCAUUUUCCUUGAAUGGGACCAUGUAGAAAAGACCUUCCGGAAUUAUGACAACAUUACAGGCACGUCCACUGUAGUAUGCAAGCCUAUAGUCAUUGAAACUCAGCUCUAUGUUAUUGUGGCCCAGCUGUUUGGUGGCUCUCACAUCUAUAAGCGAGACAGUUUUGCGAAUAAAUUCAUAAAAAUCCAGGAUAUAGAAAUUCUCAAAAUCCGAAAACCCAAUGACAUUGAAACAUUCAAGAUUGAAAACAACUGGUACUUUGUUGUUGCUGACAGUUCAAAAGCUGGUUUUACUACCAUUUACAAAUGGAAUGGAAAUGGAUUCUACUCCCAUCAAUCCUUACAUGCGUGGUACAGGGACACUGAUGUGGAAUAUCUAGAAGUAGCCAGAACACCUCAGGCACUCAGAACGCCUCAUUUAAUCCUGUCCAGUAGUUCCCAGCGUCCUGUAAUUUAUCAGUGGAACAAAGCGACACAAUUAUUCACUAACCAAACUGACAUCCCUAACAUGGAGGAUGUAUAUGCGGUAAAGCACUUCUCAGUGAAAGGCGACGUGUACAUUUGCUUGACAAGAUUCAUUGGUGAUUCCAAAGUAAUGAAAUGGGGAGGCUCCUCCUUUCAGGAUAUCCAGAGGAUGCCGUCACGAGGAUCUAUGGUGUUCCAGCCUCUUCAGAUAAAUAACUAUCAAUAUGCAAUUCUUGGAAGUGAUUAUUCUUUCACUCAAGUGUAUAACUGGGAUGCAGAGAAAGCCAAAUUUGUGAAAUUUCAGGAAUUAAAUGUUCAGGCACCAAGAUCAUUCACACAUGUGUCUAUUAAUAAACGUAACUUUCUUUUUGCUUCCAGUUUUAAGGGGAAUACACAGAUUUACAAACAUGUCAUAGUUGAUUUAAGCGCAUGACACACAAAUUCUGUGGCUGCCAUCAGAAACUUUCUACAGUACAUGGUCCGGAUGAACUCAAUGCAUGAUGACUCUUCUUAUCACACUUGCAAAUGAAUGCCUUUCAAACAUUGAGACUGCUAGGCCCAAGCACUACCAGUAUCUCCAUCUUUAACUGUCCAGUCCAGUGGUGUGGGGAGUUACCUUUUAUAUGAGAAAAUUGAAUUGUGUAACUGUUCUUUGCAGUGAAGAUGUGUAAAUAAGCAUUGAAUGGUAUCUGUUGCUCCAAAAAGAAAUAUUAAUAUGUACUUUUCCAUUUAUUUAUUCAUGUGUUCAGGAACAAAUGCCAAAUAAAAUGUUUACAUUUUCUUUCAUAUCACAAGGUAAUUA